AUGACUGACUUGACUCCAUUAUUUAAUCAAUGCAUAGAUAUAAUACAAUCAGAACCACAAAAUAAAACUAAACUACAUCAAAUUCAAAAUCAUCAACAAAAUCAACAACCACCAUACAUAAUUAAAGAUACAUUUAUAAAAGAAUGUAUAGAAUUAUAUGAUACAUUGUCAAAUUUAACACAAUUCAUAAUUGAAAUCCAAAAGGAAUAUCUAUCAAUAUCAGAAACUCAAAAUAAUUCACAACUAAAAGAUAAAAUAGAUGAAGAUUUUAAUUUUAAAAUUCAACAAUGUUUUAAAAAAAUCAGCUUCUUGGAGAAUUACGAAAAGAAAAGAAAAGAAUUAAUUGCUUCAAAUAUACAAAAAAGAAGAACGUGGUUUUUUGGGGGAGAUGACGAUCAAGAACAGUAUUUUAAUACAAUAGCAGAACAUAGAUCGACUAUAAUUCGUUUUUUAAGUGAAUCAUUAUUUAAUAUCUCCAAGAAAUUCGAAAAAAUUCAGCGAAAGAGACAAACUCGUGAAAAACAAAUCAAUUCUUUAAAUUUUCAAAAUAUAGAUGAUGAUGAUGAGCUAAAUUUUAAUCAAAUAGAAGACUCACAAUUUAUAAAAUUAGAUGAAAUAAAUCAAAAAUUUGAAAUUGAAAAUGAAUCACAACCACCACAAUUUUCAUCAGAACAAAUCCAACAAUUAGAAUUAGAAAAUAAAGAAUUAUUAGAACAUAAAUCAACCCAAUUAAAAAAAGUAGAUAAUAUUCAACAUUCAAUACUAGAUAUUAUAAAUAUUCAAAAUGAAUUAAAUUUAAAAAUUCAAGAACAAGGUGAGACUAUUAAUAAUCUUAUAGAUAAUCAUUCUCAAGUUGAAUACGAGGUUAAACAAGGUAAUAAGACUUUGAAUCAAGCUACGAGAAAGAAUAAAAGGGGUUCGAAUUAUAUUAUUUUGCUUUGCGUCUCGUUGGGGUGUUUGAUUGUUAUAUUUGAUUUCUUAAAAUUUAUAUAG